AUGGCAUGCGGGGGGAGAGGUGGGAUGAAGAGAGAGCAGGAGAAGGAGGAGGAGGAAGAGGAGGAGGGGAAGAGAUAAGUGAUCUAAAGGGGAGACGAUAGGACAAAAAAAGUGAUGAUGAUGAAUACAUUGGAAAGUUUUUUGGCCCCGGCGAGGGUGUCAGAUUGAAUGGCCUGUGCGCAUGUGCGAAGGUGUCCAAACUGACAAUGCUGGUGAGAUGAAGAUAGUGUUGUUGCUGCUUCUGGGCUCACGGAGGACGACGAGAGGAAUCUACAAGCCGACAAGAUGAGAUCCAAGGCGAGGGCGAGAAAACUGGCCAAAAAUGACAGUGAGCCUGUGGACAGCGUGUACGACACAGAGGCAGACCUCCCAGGCUUAGCAGCUGGCAGCAGAGGUGUCGACAGCCCAGAAGACGACGCAGAAGACGGCAUCAUCAACAUGUCCCAUUUACCGUCACCGACUCCUUCCCGCCCGAACAACAACCAUCACCACCUGCUGCACCCUCAUAUCUACACCUCCCACCACCUGCACAACAACAGCAGCAGCAGCAAUGACCAGGACUUCACCACACCCAAGGAGGGCUCACCGUAUGAGGCACCUGUCUACAUUCCUGAUGACAUUCCUAUUCCCAAUGAACUGGAGCUUCGGGAAUCCUCUGUGCCCGGAGCAGGCCUUGGCGUAUGGGCCAAAACUCGCAUUUGUGCUGGGGAAAGGUUUGGUCUGAACGGCACGAAGCACCGCGAAGCCUCAGGCAAAGACGACUCCUUUGGAUGGGAGCAGAUGAUGAAUGACCAUGAGGAUGACUCCACUGACAACUGCAUCAAAAAAGUUGUGGACGACAUGGGCAACAUCAAGUUUGAACUGGACACGGGGCUGGACACCACCGCCAACAGCUGGCUCAAAUACGUCCGGUCUGCCCCAUCGUUUGAGGAGCAGAACCUUGUUGCCAGCCAUCUCACAGGAGACCAGAUUUAUUAUAAAGCCGUCCGGGACAUUGAAGCAGGGGAGGAGCUUUUGGUGUAUAUGAAGGACGGCAUUUUCCCGGAGGGCUCCAUGGCACCCAACCUACAAGAUGAGCAAAUGUACCGCUGUGAAGACUGUGAUGAGCUCUUCUCCUCAACACUUGAGCUGCGGCGGCAUCAGAAGUACUCGUGCUCCAGUGCAGGCUCCAUCUUUGAUGCACUGAGAGACGACUUCAAGCAGGAACGCGAGGACAGCGACGAGCCUGUCCACGAGUGCAAAGACUGUGAGAAGAUCUUCCCAAACGAGUACAGUUUGGGGCAACACAUGAUCGUCCACACAGAAGAGAGGGAGUACAAGUGCGACCAAUGUCCAAAAGCCUUCAACUGGAAAUCCAACCUCAUUCGGCACCAAAUGUCACAUGACAGUGGCAAGCGCUUUGAGUGUGAAAACUGUGAUAAGGUACAGCACACCCAGCACGUUUUCACAGAUCCCAGCAACCUCCAGCGCCAUAUCCGCUCCCAGCAUGUGGGGGCCCGCGCUCACACAUGUCCAGAAUGUGGCAAAACUUUUGCCACCUCAUCAGGCCUGAAGCAGCAUAAGCACAUCCACAGCAGUGUAAAACCCUUUAUCUGCCCUGAUGGGCUGCGUGUUUUUGCUCCCCCAGGUGAGGUGUGCCACAAAUCCUACACGCAGUUCUCCAACCUCUGCCGCCACAAGCGUAUGCACGCUGAUUGCCGUACCCAGAUCAAGUGUAAAGACUGUGGGCAAUUGUUUAGCACUACCUCCUCUCUCAACAAGCACCGGCGCUUUUGUGAGGGCAAAAACCAUUAUGGUUCUCCGGCAGGGAUGUUUAACCCCGGCAUUCCCAUGAGCUCUAGCCCCAUCAUGGCUAAAACCAAGUCCCAUCAUCCCCACCUUACAGGUUUGAACCAGUCAAGUUUAGGCUUUACCGACUACUUUCCAUCAAGACCUCAUCCUCAUAGUGGCUUGCCCUUCUCCCCGGGACCCCAUGGCUUCCCAUCACUCCCACAUGGCUUUCCAGGUAUCUUCCCCCCAUCACUGUAUCCACGGCCAACUUUAUUACCUGCAAGUCCAUUAAUAAAGAGUCCGCUGGGCGCCAGCAGUCAAGAGGUGAAACUUCCUCGAAGUCCCAUAGGUGCCCCUCCUCUACCACUUGUCAGUUCCACAAACAGCAAUGGAGUCAGCAGUUUGGGGCUGGAAGACAAGGACAAGGAAAUCAAACUUGAAUUAUCUUCUAGUGGAGAGGUAAAGCCUAAAUCCAAGAUUACAGACAUUUCUGAUGGCAGUGACCUUGAAGAUGUUAAUACCACAAGUGGGACAGAUUUGGACACCACCACGGGUACUGCUUCAGGUGAUGGUUCUGACCUGGAGAGUGAAGGAGAAAGUGAACGUGAACGAAGUGGUAAAAGGAGAAAGCCAUCUGGCACAGCGUCAAGUCAAGACACAAACCAGUUCGAGGACACAAACAACGUAUUAACGUCAAACAUGUCUGGUUCAGGGAACCUGUCCAUUGAUCGCCCUUUUCUUGGAUCCGGAUCAUCUCAGCACUCCUUUUUCCCUCCACCGGAUGAGCAAGCCAUCCCUCCCACCUCCACAAAUACCAAUGCAGCCACAACUGAUUCCAUCAAAGCCAUUGCCUCUAUUGCUGAAAAAUAUUUUGGCCCUGGUUUGAUCGGACUUCAUCAAGAGAAGAAGAUGGGUCCAUUGCCCUACCAUUCCAUGUUUCCCUUCCAGUUUUUGCCAAACUUUCACAACUCUCUUUAUCCCUUCAGCACUGAUCGCAAUGCUCUUAAUCCAAGUAUGUUCUUUAAGCCUGAGCCCAAAUCACCUCGUGAACUGCUACACAAAACUAUUUCAGGUCCCCCUGCGGCCCCUGCUUCUACUGCGGAGUCACCAUUUGACCUCACCACAAAAACCAAGGAGGCCAAGUUGAUUCCUCCAACCCCAGCAAAUCCCUCCAACCCCAACAGCAGCACUGGAAGCAGUAGUGGACCUGUAUCAAUAUCCAACAGUGAAGAACAGCCGCUGGACCUCAGUAUUGGCAGCAGAAACCGCAGCAGUCAUAACGGUUUGCAUGCUGAGCUGCAAAGUCGAAAGAAUCACAUGUAUGGACCUGGAAAAAGCGUUUUUAAUAAGGAAGAAACUCCAUCUGGUUUUCCACACCCUCUUUCACAGUCGUUACAUCAAUCCUCUUUAACACAGCAUCAGCAGUCACAGCCGCAUCAACCACCCCCCCUGCACUAUGCCAAGCCCUCAGCUUUCUUCAUGGACCCUAUCUACAGCAGGGUGGAGAAGAGGAAGCUACUUGACCCAGUCGGAGCUGUGAAGGAGAAAUUCUUGAGACCCUCGCCACCUCUCUUCCAUCCACAGAUGUCAGCCAUGGAAAAUAUGACAGAGAAACUCGAAAGCUUUGGGGCUUUAAAACUGGACGCUCCGCCCAAUUCACUGCAACAUUCAGCUCAUCCACUCUUCAACUUCCGCUCUCCACCUCCCUCCCUCUCAGACGCCAUCCUUCGCAAAGGCAAGGAACGUUACGCCUGCAGGUACUGUGGAAAAAUCUUCCCACGUUCAGCAAACCUUACCAGACACUUGCGGACACAUACGGGAGAACAACCCUACAGGUGUAAAUACUGUGACCGCUCAUUCAGCAUCUCAUCCAAUCUUCAACGGCACGUCCGCAAUAUCCACAACAAGGAGAAGCCCUUCAAAUGUCACCUGUGCAACCGCUGCUUCGGUCAGCAAACCAACCUUGACCGCCAUCUGAAGAAGCAUGAGCAUGAAAACAUUCCUGUGAGCCAGCAGUCUGGGAUACUUUCCAACCUGGGAACCACCAUCUCUUCUCCAAACUCCGAGCCAGACAAUCAUGCACUUUUAGAUGAGAAGGAAGACUCGUACUUCUCAGAAAUCCGCAACUUCAUUUCCAACAGUGAGAUGAACCAGGCCUCCAGCUCCACGGAUAAGAGGUCAGACCAACCUGAAGAGGAGUGCCCACCCACCCACAGUCUGUCCAACUCCAAGCUGGGGCUCCGGGGGCUAGAUGAAGAAGAAGAAGAGGUGGAUGGUGAUGACGAGGAGGAGGAAGAAGGCAGCCUGACAGAGAAGUCUCACGAUGAGGCGCCAGAGUCUCCAUCUCCUGUCACGACAGGAGUAUAUGAGGAGGACGAUGAAGAGGACGACGGCGAGUCGGCUCCGUUAGCUAUGAAUUAUGAACACACUCGCAGGUGUGUGGAGGAGGAGGGCUCUCUCUUGGACCUGGAAAGUCUGCCCACCUUUCCCAAGAGUGUGGAUGGUUUACGUAAAGCAGCCACUGAAGAGCAGCCCUUUGAUGUUAAAGACAUAUUUAACACAUCACUAGAAUCUGAAGCAUUGAAAGAGACACUGUACAGGCAGGCUAAAACCCAGGCUUAUGCAAUGAUGCUGUCUCUCUCAGAGAACAACCCUUUGCACGCGCCCUCCCAGAGCUCUCUGGACGCUUGGCUGAGCAUGGGGGGUGGACCGUCGGAGACGAGCAGCUUUCACCCACUCAAUCACAUCUAGGCAAACAGAGAUGGACAGAAGGUGGGAGUAAGGCUGGGAGCAGCAUUAGUUUCACGUUUGGAUAGAAAAGACGAGUGCUGGGAAGUCAUGGAGUUUGGAAAAGAACUGUCUCCUUUCAAGGCACACAAGAUGAUUUUGUGUGCUUGUGUGUGUUGGCUUGUUUGUGUGAGUCAGGGAGAGGGGUGAAAGACUGUUCUUAAGUUAGAGGAUCCUGUUCGACUGACUCAAAGAAAGCACUGCUAAGCUCCUGUUGAUGUGAAGGACACAAAGAAUGCUUCUUCAUGAGCAUAGGAACUCUACAGUACUCUGGUCCUCCACAAGUGCACAAAGCUCACUGCAGCUCCACAGACAUUCUGUGUAAGGCUCUUAUAAAGACACGUAAUGACGGAAAUGUCUCUAAAGUGCGCACUCCAGCUGCAAGGAUUGUAGCAUUGGCACUGCAUAUCCACAGGGUGGCACUGCUGAUCAGACAGAGUGAGCUUGUGGGAUUUCCUCCAUAAAUCAUGGGCAACUGAUCCUGUUUGAAAAUAAAAGAAUCAACAAAAGCACCGUAAUGUACAUUCAGAUCGAUUUUCAAUGAUUUCAGAGUGAUGUUAAAAAUGAGCUACCUGGGCAACUAGUUGUUGUAUAAUUGGUUACUAAAUUUGAUCAUUUUAAAAAGAAUCUUAAAGAAACGAAAGAAAAUCUUUCAAUGUUAAUAACAUCAUAAUUUCUUAAUUUUAUUUCCUUUUUUUCCAACUACAUACCACAGUAUUGUUUCUUUUUAGGCACAACAGAGUUCAACUGUUAAUAUGAUUACUUUAGAGAAGGACCAAAAUUGUACGAUAUUGUCAUAUGAUGUAAAAAAAAUUAACAUAGAUGUUCAUAACAAGAGUGGUAUGUGCCAAAUAACCCAUAGAAAAUGUUUUGUUCUCUGACAAUCAUUUCAUUUCCAAGGGGUUUGCGUUUGCUGUCAUAGUUCUUUUUUCUUUGUUGUUUUUGUCGUGUGCUUAUAUGUUUGAUUUCAAAAGUGUGUAUGUAUUUAUUUUUUUGGUCUUUGUGUCACAGCUGGAGGGAUAAAAAAUGAAGUAAAGCAUUUUUAUUCACCUUUUUUUGAAGGAAUGGUUACCUAUCAAAACACAGAGAUUCAGAAUUUCUCAUUUUGAUAGUUUAGUGUGCCAAAAUGGAAGGAUCCCAUAAAAUAUAAGAAAUUGUUUUUAUUUAUAGUGAAAUGUACCUGUAGUUAGUCUUAGAAUCCUAUCUAGCAUUGAAACAUCCUGCUGGUUUUAGUAUUUCUUGUCUUGUUUCACUUCAGUUGUUUUGGCGCUGGAGCAGACUUGCAAACAGUUUUAUUUUGAAUGUCAGCAAAAGGGCAUUAUUUUCACAUUACUGAUUUUAAACGUCUGCUCCUAAAAGGUCCAUUUUCUCUUUGGCAUGAUAUAAUCAGAUUUAUUCUUGAAUUUUUUGUCAGACAGUACAACGCCCAAACUCAUGUAUAAACUCAAGAGACUGAUUUUAUAAAAGAAAAAGAAAAAAAAGCCAAGUACUCAUGACACACAUGCAAACAAAUCUUCAUUCAAAAAACAUUUUUUUUUUACUUAAAAUCACUUUUUUUUUUAAUUCUGUUUUAUUUUUAAGAUAGAAUAUUUCAUGGUAAGCAUGCUUUAGAUAGCUGUGGGAAGUUGGUUGAAACAUUUUGGAUCACUGUUCCUUUAAAUUGUCAGAAUUAGGCCUGGAAAAUAAAAAAAAAUAAAAAAUUAGCACUUAAACCAAACGGGUUGAAACCAGAAGUGAGCGCUUUGGUCCAUUGGUGAAAUUUAAGAACAACUUUCAUAUGAGGAUGACUUUAACCAGGUAGUUGGGCACAACAUGGAGAGAAAAGAACACAAGCACUGUAACUUUUCUUCACAACAGCAGGUGGCAGUGUGAUGCCAGGACUGCUGCAUCAUCUCAUUUUUCUAAAGACAAAAGUGUUUUUAUAAUUCUACUGAAUGAAGUUCCAUUCAUAGUAAACACGUUGUUUUUUUUUUUUCAACUUGUGGUUGCAAAAUGUAAAGACUUGGGUCACAAAGUUCUUAGGUUGAUUAUAUGUCGUAAAUCAUGUCAUGGACUACUGUAAUAAGUAUGCGCUGUGUAAAGAAGAUGAACUGAAGGCAUUGAUGAUCUCCACUUUCUGAAAGUAUUCUGGCAGAAGUUCACAGAAAUGUCUGUCAGCAUAAUAGAACACGACUGUUGUUUGCCCCCACUGUUACAGGAGAAAGGAAAAGACAUGCAUUGUUUCUUUUUAAUCGUAUAGUAUUUUAAAGAAUAAAAAACAAUGGUGCAUUUGUCUGAAGAAGAAAAAGAAAAAAGAAAAAAAUGGGUUUAAAUAGAUGGUGCUUGUUUUGUUUAAAUCUGAGUUGUAUAUCACCUCUGUUAUGUUUAUUGAAAACAAACAAAAAAAAGGUUAUUGUGCAUGACGUGUUUAGCAGUCAUAAUGAUGUCCAUUUGUGAAACGUGUAUCAAAUUUAAACUUUAGGAGAAAAAAAGUCAAAAAAAAUAAAAUAAAUAAAUCGGUAGAUGCACUUAUUGUACAUGUGGUUAGGUUAGUAGGUUUGACUUCAAGUUCUGACUGCCUCACAGAUGUUUGGGGAGAAUAUGAAAGACCAGGAAAAGACUUACAGAAGAAUACAUCAUGAAAAACAGUAAAGGACUGUAGAAUAAUAUUGAACAGUUCUCAAAUUGCAGUUCUUCUGAUGCUUGUGAUUAUCGCAGAUGUACUUUAGAAAAAAAUUCAUUGAGAAGAUAUGACUCUGAUGUUAAUUCUGUAGAAUAGCAAUGUAUACCAAAUGUAAUCUUUCCAAUGCUAUGAAGAAUUUAUACAUGAAAUUGAUAUGCAAUAAAACCUGUGUGCUUUUUAA